AUGUCCUUGGGGACCAUUGUGAUUGGAACGGUGGAUUUCGCUGUCCCAGAUGGUGCAGUCUCCAACAGAUUUGCCUACCGCCUAUACUGGGUCUACAUCGCAUUGGCCCUCAUAGUGACAUUUGGCAUGACGCUCUUAUGGUUUGAUGAAGGGCACAAGCUGGUAGAAUUUACUCCCGCUGAUGCGUUCCUCGUCUAUCCGCUAAUGCUUGGUGGUCUUGUCGGAGGCAACGUUCUCUCAGUUAUAGACCCAACAGAUGAAAAGGCUUUGGGAUUCUGUUCGCCAGUUUGUUCUUCCAAGAUCUCCCUGGUAUUCAACAACCCGCGUAGGAUGUUUUUCAUUGCGCUGUAUAUUCUCAAGAUCUUUCUGGGUGGUCUUUUAUCAAGCGCACAGGCCAAUGCGGCAUUUAUUGCUUGUGGACCCCCGGGAUUCACGGCUGCAGCCCUCGUCCUCCUUGGUUCACAUGCUCGUACUCUUUUGCCAAACUUCGGCUUAAUGUCACCGAUUGCAGGUGAAAUAUGGUAUGCUGUCUGCCUGCUUGAUGCGAUCAUGCUUCUCGGUCUAGCAGCAUUUUUCUUCGUCUUUUCACUGUUGCCGUACUGGUUCAAAUUAAAGAAGGACCUUCAUCAAAUACUUGGAUGCUGGGCUCUUACAUUCCCCAAUGUUGGAUGGAUUACUACAGUCAAGCUGCUUGGGGACCAUCUGCAUAUACCCGGAUUUUACAUAGUGCAUGAUGUUCUGACCAUUGCAAUGUGUCUUACAUGGCUCGUGCUGGUCAUUUGCACGAGUAUUGCCUUCCUACGACACGAGAUCUUUUUCGAACAAGAUCCACUCCCGUCUAAGAAAAUGCGACACAGGAGCCCAGAGGGCGAAGCUCUAGCCCUGAAGGCGCAGCGUUUGGGAGAUGUGCAAAGGGAGGGUGCACAUGCUGGAAGCGGCGAGGCUGGCCAAAUGAAAGAGCAUGGCAACAGUACUGAGCCACGCGACGGGACUGGGUACAGUCAACAUGAUCUUGGAGCUGGAUCUAGGGAGACCACAGCUGAUGGGAGAGGGGCUAGAAGUCCUUAUCAGAGGACAUUCGUUGGAACCAUCAAAGAAGCGCCGAGUCAGGGGUUAGGAAUCUAG